ACACACUAGCCAGCCAGCCACCCCUCAAAUAGGUCAGUAGUCAGUCCAUUUUUUCUCCAAUAUAAGCAAAACACUCUUUACAAUUAUCGAACUUAUCAUUAUCAGCACUCAUAUUGGACUUGUCUCUCUCUCUAAGGGUGACCUGAGACUCUUGUAUCAUAAUUUUCUAGAUCACAUUCAAAAAUGGUGAAGGCAGUUGCCGUCCUUAACAGCAGUGAAGGUGUUAGUGGCACCAUCCUCUUCACUCAAGAUGGAGAUGCUCCAACCACAGUUAAUGGAAAUAUUUCUGGCCUAAAACCUGGACUUCAUGGCUUCCAUGUCCAUGCCCUUGGUGAUACCACAAAUGGCUGCAUGUCAACAGGACCACAUUACAAUCCUGCUGGUAAGGAGCAUGGUGCUCCUGAAGAUGAGGUGCGUCAUGCUGGUGAUCUUGGUAACAUCACAGUUGGAGAAGAUGGUACUGCAUCUUUUACUAUUACCGACAAGCAGAUUCCUCUCACUGGUCCACAGUCCAUCAUUGGAAGAGCUGUUGUUGUUCAUGCUGAUCCUGAUGAUCUUGGAAAGGGAGGACAUGAGCUCAGUAAAAGCACAGGAAAUGCUGGCGGAAGGAUUGCUUGUGGUAUUAUUGGCCUCCAGGGUUAAUUGCUCCGGUGAGGUGAAGAUUCAGCAACUAGCGGUGGUGUCUGUCUUAGAAUAAAGUUAUACUGGAGCUGCUGAGCCUUGUUUUUUUAUGUAUUUAUCAUUUGACGCCUUUUGAAUUGGGGUUGAACCAUUCAUAAUACAUGACUGUAGUGCUUCUUUUCAGUGGAUGUUGUACUAGUUUUUGCCGAUCAUUAACCAUAAAAAAACUUGGGCUGUUAGCUUUGCUGGUUUCUUAAAUUUGAGUGGAUGGUUUGAAAACUAGA